GGAACGUCACGGCUUUUUUUUUUUCUCUUUUCACUUCACGGUGUUUUGGGGGAUUUGACUUUUUUGUACUCAUCAGGAUAAACUGUGUUAUUGUUUUGCUUUUAUAUUAUUAUUAUUUCGAUUUUCGAGUUAUACUGUGUGACCAGAAGGGAAAAGUAGGGCUAAUUUAUUUUAAACACCUGUUUUCAUACUAACGAAUCACAUUUAAGACACCUGCGUUUACACAUUUGUCUUUUUUUUUAAACAGCUUCUUCCUGCGUUGAGAAAUAUAUACAUAUAUAAAUAUACUGCACUCCAGGAUAACAUCUCUCUUUUGAAAAAGGGACGCGUUGUAUUUUUUUUAUAUUAUUAUCAUCAUUAUUAUUAGUAUUAUUAUUAUAAGCUUAUUUUUUUAUAAUCUUUUGAGACUAUGAAGCAUUUGCAAUUUGUGCUCGUCCUGGCCAUCGCGGUCAACGUUUGGGAAUGUGGGGACGCGAAGUUUGGCGAGAGGGGCGAAAUGAGCCCCAGGAGGAGAAGAUGUUACGACGGAAGCUUGCCCAAGCGGCUGAAGAAAAGGGAGCGAAAACUGUUGCUUGACGGCAGCAGCGGAGGAGAAGUUUGCCACAGGCUGUAUCCUCGCGUAUCCUGCUGCCCCACCAGGAGAGCCGCCUAUCAGAUCCUGCACCGCAGGGAUCCCAGGAUUUUCUCCACCAACAAUACAGAAUGUGGACGUCUCCUGGAGGAGAUCAAGUGUGCUCGCUGCUCCCCCAAUGCCCAGGUGUUGUUCCACUCCUUGGACAUGGAUAAGAUGCCACACAGGGAGCCAGACCUGCCACGACUCUGCCAGAACUUCUGCCGCGAGUUCUACUACACCUGCAGGGGGCACAUACCAGAACUGUUCCAAGCUGAUGUGGAUGAGUUCUGCCAGUACUAUGGGAGGAGAGAUGCUAGUUUAUGCUUUCCAGAUUUUCAGCGAAAGCAACCACAUCAUCAAGAUUCUAACUACUUGGGAGAUGAGAAAGUAGAAGAAAUCACCCGGAAACACAAACACAACUGCUACUGUGCCCAGGAGGUGUUGAGUGGUCUAAGGCAGCCGGUGGCUGUGGUGCACUGUGGAGAUGGUUCCCAGCGGCUCUUUGUCCUUGAGAGGGAGGGAAUUGUCAGGAUACUCAACCAUGACCUCGAGCUAAUUAAGGAGCCUUUCUUGGACAUCCACAAGAUAGUGCAGAGCGGCCUGAAGGGUGGAGAUGAAAGGGGCCUGCUAAGCCUGGCAUUCCACCCCAAUUACAAGAAGAAUGGCAAGCUCUACGUCUCCUACACCACCAACCAAGAGCGCUGGGCCAUCGGACCACACGACCACAUUCUCCGUGUGGUUGAAUACACCGUUUCGAGGAAGAACCCAAACCAGGUGGACACCAGGACAGUUCGAGUGCUAAUGGAAGUGGCAGAGCUGCACAGGAAGCACCUGGGGGGGCAUCUUCUUUUCAGCCCCGAUGGUCUGUUGCACAUCAUACUGGGAGAUGGCAUGAUCACUUUGGAUGAUAUGGAAGAAAUGGAUGGACUCAGUGAUUUCACAGGGUCCAUCCUAAGGGUAGAUGUAGACACGGAUAGUUGUACAUCACCAUAUUCCAUACCGCAGAGCAAUCCCUACUUCAACAGCACCAACCAGCCACCUGAAAUCUUUGCACACGGAUUGCAUGAUCCAGGCAGGUGUGCAGUGGAUCGACUUCAGACAGACAACGGGAGUCUUGUAAUCCUUUGUACGGACGCCAGUGGCAAAAACACAACAGCAGGAAGAAUAUUGGAAAUUACCAAGGGGAGGGAUUAUGAAAAUGAACCCUCUGCCUAUGACCUGCAGUCCAGUGGAGGAGCACCACCUGUGGGGGGUUUCAUCUACAGGGGCUGCCAGUCUAGGAGACUUUAUGGCAGUUAUGUGUUUGGAGAUAAAAAUGGUAACCUUCGCAUCCUUCAGAAGUCGACAUUUUCUACAUCAGCAAGUGGUGAAGAGUGGCAGGAAAAAGCUCUGUGCCUGGGCUCAGCUGACUCCUGCGGCUCUACUCUUGUUGGACACAUCUUGGGUUUUGGAGAGGAUGAACUGGGUGAAGUCUACAUACUGGCAAGCAGUAAAAGCAUGAUGCAGUCACACAGCGGGAAACUCUACAAACUGGUAGACCCCAAAAGCACUUCUCAGAGAGAGCGUGAGAUCCUGCAGGCCUACCUGUUCAAGCCUCACACUCCUAAGGACUGCCAGCGUCAGGUGGAGCCACCAGAGCUGCUGAUGACAGCUUGUUCCAGGCACUGUAAGAACGGACGCUGCACUCCUAAUGGCAAGUGCUGCUGCAGCCCCGGCUGGGAGGGACACUUCUGCCGAGCUGCCAAAUGUGAACCAGCCUGUCGCAACGGAGGAGUCUGCAUGGAGCCUAACAAGUGCCUGUGUAAGAGUGGCUACUCCGGCAACCAGUGUGAGAAGAGCGAACGGGGUAUGCCCAACGAUCAGGAGGAAGACGGCAUACUGGACCACAUCAUUGACAUGACCUCGUACCUCUUAGACCUGACCAGCUACAUUGUAUAGGGGUGCGCAGCAGGGGCAGCUCCCCAUCGUCCAUCCUCAAGUCAACACACAUCUACCUAUCGCCCUCAGAAGACUCUUAAUGAGGUUUACUUAUGUGGCCUCUUAAUGUCCCGCUCACAUCCACACAGGCAUGUACCCACACAAACACAUACAGGACCCCCAUGAGACUGCUUUUAAUCCACAUCACCAUACCAAGCUUUUCCUCUCCUUACCUAUAAGCUACUUUUCUUGAGCACCAGGCCUGGCAUCCAAGCCGUGUUCACAUUUCAAAGAGUCCUGCAGACAGCUGAUUGAUGAGUUCCAUUAAGACAUUUCCUCUCUUGCUCAGAAAAUGCCUUCACACGGCUGGCUUCACAGGAACAGGAACUCUGCCGGAGCAGACUGUUUUUUCCCUGAGACUUUUCUGUUGCCUUACUUAAGACACCCGAAAAUGGAUUUUGAGGUAUUUUAGUGGAGACAGUUGAUUAUUCAGGAGUUCAUUAAGGAUUCAGAAUUGGGUGGUGUGGCCCAAGAUCCAGUUUGUGUUCAUGGUCCGUUGAAAACCGAGCAACGAAAUAAAUGUCUGUGUACUCAGACUGUGAACAUGAGACAUGGGUCUCAUAGAGCCUGCAGUGCUUUGAGCUUUACUAUUCCAAAAGCACUAAUACAAGAGAGGCCAUGUUGACUCAUUUAUGUUCUGUUUAGUUUGUGGGCACGUUGUCAUAAAAAGCAAUUAACAGCAUAAAGAACGUAUACUUUGUUUGGCAUCACUCACUUGCUAUCUGUGUACAGAGUGGAUCUACACACACAGAAGUAGGAAUGACGAGUAUUCCUACUUCUGUACUUUGUCAGCGCCAGUUUCAUUCAAUCUGAAUGGAGUGUUCGACUCCCAUGCACUGUAUCAUUUUCAUUUCAUUCACUUUAUUAUUCAAAAUGAAUUUUGACAUUUAUUAGAAGCGCAGUGAGAGUGGUUUCACAUUCACACACCACACUGUCACAGGUAUGGUUUAACAAACUCCUUUCAUUGCAUCACACACUGAAGCAAAAGGUUGAAGUCAAAACUACAAAGGGAAGGGAUGAAAUGCGCUGAUGUAUAUUUCCAAUAGAGCUUACCUACUUAGCAUUGCAAGAAAAAAAUUUACAAAAAAAACUAUAGCAUUACUAUUGUUAUCAUAGAGGAGGGUUUAUUUUUUUAAGCGUAAUAAUAUAUGGGAGAAUAUGGUGUUUAUAGAAAGCAAAUUUACACUAAGCUUGUCAGUACGUCAUUUUGUGUUGUACUUAUACAUAUGCAGCUUUUAUAAAAGAGACAUGAGGAUGUUUUUUCACCCAGUGUAAAAGUAACACAUGUCCGUGCCUGCAAAGAGUAAUUCGGAGCAGUUGGUGAAGCCGAUCUAACUCUUCCCCCCACACACACAACAAGACUGUCAGAAAUGUGUCUCUGCAGUGAGAUGAUCAAAGAUCUUGUCGGGCCUCCAAGUCAGUGUGGAAGCAGCUCACGGUCAGAGGCAGAGCUGAGAUUAACCUGAGGGAAAAAACGUCAAGCUCACAUACUCUAAUGAGCAUCUGACUUCUCCAGUUUAAGGCAGACGGUUUAACAGAUUUUACAGAUGCACAUACAUGCAUUAUUUUGAUGAUGAUCUUUUGCCACUUCACUUCUCGUAAAGCCAGUCUUCCCAGAACCACCAGCUGUUUAACAGUUUUUAAGGCAAGCAUUUAUCCUUGUACUUUUUCCACAGCUUUUAUUUUGAAAAUCAGGUUUCAAGAACCAUGGUCAAUUGAAGUCUAGUGUCCAUAAAUGAUAUACUUGUCGUUCAUCUCCUACUGUCCUUGUGUUUGCUGAAAUAAAACAACUGUACCUGGUCUUAAUAAAUCAAAAAGGAAUUCAUGCUGUAAAAUGGAAAAUUAUAAUUUUUUUAGCACUUAAUGUGAAAGUUGCAUUGUAGCUGCUGAGAUGGCGUGGUGUGAAUAGAAUAACCAUUUUCAUUAUUUAAGUAGUUACACAAAUAAAAUAAUUAUUUAAAUUCUCUAUGUUGUUUUUACCAUUGUACUGUAUGUGACAAUUUUGUAUUCCUGUAUUGUAAAUAAAAGUAGGGAUAACUUGGUUUCUCUUCAGAAAUAUCAAUAUGUCUAUUAAAAUUUAUAGCAUGUCUGAAA